AUGCCUGGUACUCUACCCCAAUCCGAGGACCAUGUGGAUGUCCUCAUUGUCGGGGCUGGUCCUGCUGGUCUGAUGCUGGCAAACUGGCUGAGUCGAUGCGGUGUCAAGACUCGUAUUGUGGACAAGCGAGGGACAAAGAUUUUCAACGGCCAAGCAGAUGGUCUGCAAUGUCGGACACUGGAGAUCUUUGACUCGUUCGAUUUUGCAGACCGCGCAUGGCGUGAAUCGAACCAUAUGCUGGAAAUUUGUCUCUGGAACCCUGAUGAUCAGGGCCGCAUUAGAAGAUCCGAUCGAAUCCCCGAUACCAUCCCCGGAAUCAGUCGAUUCCAGCAAGUCGUGCUGCACCAGGGCCGCAUCGAACGCUUCUUCCUCGACUCGAUCAAGGAACACAGUGACAUUGUAGUUGAACGGGGUGUACUACCCACAGCAUUUGAAUUCGAUGAUGCCAAGGCAGAUGACUUCAACGAUUAUCCCAUCAAUGUCACGGUGCGCACCCUCUCAGACGAGGAAUCCACACCGCAGCAACAGCAACAACACCACAAAUCCGCAGUCGGAAAGGAAGAAACCGUCAGUGACGGACUCUUCCGGAGUAAUCUGGCAGCCGAUGACACGGAUGAUCUCAUUCGGGCCGCCGAAACCAAUGCCCGAACCGACCAAGUUGAAUCCAUCAAAGCCAAGUUCCUCGUCGGCUGUGAUGGGGCACACUCCUGGGUCCGUCGUCAACUGGGCUUCCAGCUCGAGGGUGACUCCACAGACUACAUUUGGGGCGUACUCGACAUCGUACCCAUUACCGAUUUCCCGGAUAUUCGCCAGCGUUGCGCGAUUCAUUCGGCAAAUGCAGGCAGUGUCAUGGUCAUUCCACGAGAGAACAAGCUUGUUCGACUGUACAUUCAACUGCAAACUACGGAGCAUGCUCAGGCGGGUGGCAAGGCAGAUCGGUCCUGGAUCACACCGGAUAUUAUCCUCCAAUCGGCCCAGCGAAUUCUGCACCCUUAUAAGCUGGACUACUCCUACUGUGACUGGUGGACGGCCUACCAGAUUGGCCAGCGCGUGGGUAACCAGUUCUCGCUGAAGGAGAGAGUCUUUCUGGCAGGUGACGCAGUCCAUACUCACUCACCCAAAGCUGGUCAGGGUAUGAACGUGAGUAUGCAAGAUACAUACAACCUGGGAUGGAAGCUCGCACAUGUCGUGAAGGGCUACAGUGACGCAUCCAUUCUCAAGACCUAUCAGUCCGAGAGAAGAAAGAUUGCUCAGGAUCUUAUUGCGUUCGAUCACCGUUUCUCAAGACUUUUCUCGGGACGUCCUGCGAAAGAUAUCAUGGAUGAAGAAGGUGUGAGCAUGGAAGAGUUCAAGAAAGCCUUUGAGAAGGGCAAUGAAUUUGCCAGUGGUAUUGCGGUCAACUACGGAGCCAGUGUCCUUGUUGCGAAAGAGGGCAACGUCGCAGAACAAGGAGACGGCACUGAUGUUGCCAGCCAGGACAAAACCACCCGCGUGGUCAGCAAGCCCCAAUUGGCAACCAAGAUCGACAUCGGCAAGCGUAUGCCAAGCUUCAAGGUCUUGAAUCAAUCAGACGCCCGCCCCUGGCAUCUCCAAGAGCUAUUGAAAAGCAACGGCAAAUGGCGAAUCGUCGUCUUCCCCGGACAACUAGGCCUCGCCCCAAACAUGGAACGCAUGCAAAAGCUAGGCGCAAGACUCGGGGCCACAGACUCGUUCAUCCGUCGCUUUACACCUGCCAAACAACCGAUUGACAGUGUGAUCGAAGUAUUGACCAUUCACCCAGGCCCGAGAGCAAGUCUCGAGCUCUUGGAUCUGCCAGAGGCCUUCCAUCCAUACAGCAAGACUAUGGGUUGGGAUUAUUGGAAGGUCUUUGUGGAUGAUCAGUCUUAUCAUGAAGGUCAUGGUCAGGCUUACGCUAAUUAUGGUAUUGACCCCGUGAAGGGGGCGAGUGUUAUCUUGCGUCCUGAUCAGUAUGUGAGUUGGGUUGGGGAGGUUGAUGACUAUGAUGAUAUGGAGAAGUUCUUUUCGGGCUUUAUGAGAGUUCAGACUGUGGGGAAGGAGUGA